CGUUAAGGGGUCUCUCCCAUGUGGAGCUAGGAGUUUAGCUGAAGUGCGUUUAGUUUAGCCGAGCGCUAGGGCUGUAGGGAUGGCUUCAGUUGUGAGGAGAAUCAUCAGCACUGCCAAGGCUCCUGCCGCUAUCGGACCCUACAGCCAAGCUGUGGUGGUGGAUAAGACCAUGUAUGUGUCUGGGCAGUUGGGCAUGGACCCCUCAAGUGGGCAGCUUGUGGCAGGCGGAGUCAAGAAUGAAGCCAAACAAGCCUUGGUGAAUAUGGGAGAGAUCCUGAAAGCUGCAGGGUGUGAUUAUAGCAAUGUUGUGAAAACAACAGUUCUGUUGGCUGACAUCGGUGACUUUAAUGAUGUUAACGAAGUUUACAAGCAAUUUUUCCGGUGUAACUUCCCAGCAAGAGCGGCGUAUCAGGUUGCAGCAUUGCCGAGGGGAGGAAGAGUGGAGAUUGAAGCCGUCGCAGUGCUGGGACCAAUAAUGGAAACUUCCCCAUCGUUAUAAGUGACUCCCAUUACUCCAUUCCUCUUCCCUAUUUUCUCUACAUUCUCUGAUGGUCUAAAUGUUACUCUGUACUGGCCUUACAUUGCCUGCGAGAUGUUUUCUGGUUCUGUAGGCUACCACUAAGGGCAUUUUGCUACAUUACUACUGUCUUACUGAUAAAAUAAAACGGUUAUCUAUGUU